AUGCCCCCGGCCGCACCUGACGAUCUGAUCCGACAGCAGAGCCAGUCGCUAGAAGACGAGACAUCCUUCGGUCCUGGUCAGAUCCGCAUCAUUCCAGAGCAUGAGUCAAGUGGUAGCAAAGGCAAAAAGAAGAAAAAUAGCAAAAAGGCCAAGGCCGCGGCCAAGGCUUUGACGGAGACAGAGACUCCUCCAGACGACGUGGUUCAGCCCUCGGAGCCUCCACCGGCAGAGCCAUCUUCCUGUCCAGAUCCCCUUCUGGAUCACCAUGUCCCACCCACCGUGACAUCGCCCGUCCUCGACGUGCUCGGGUCAAUGAGAGACAACGUCGACACUGAUCUUAACAGCCGCACUGACACAUGGGCUCAAUCUGUACCUUUUGGAAAAAGUCCUCCAACGGAUCUGAUGGAUGGCGAGGUUCCUCAAGAAUCCACUCUCAACUUUCCCACUAUCCAAGAACGAGGUGGCUUUAGCCAACCUUCUUCGGCAUCUCCCCCAACGCGGCUUCGACCAUUCAGCUACAGUAGUGGGUACCGAACCAAUAUGCAGUCCCGGCAGCAGUCUGUGGAUCGACGCAAGAGUCACUCCUAUGGAAGUCCAAUGAGUAAUCUUCCGCCCCCACCUCACCUGCCUCAAGCCCAUUUCUACGGCGCACCAGAAAUCGAUAUUCCUUCCCACGCCCGUCCGGUGGUGGAUGGCGCUUACUCGUUCUGUGGAUUUGAUACUCUUCCAAAUCUGUCAAAGGCAUCACGCGGUGUCUUGAAUGUUCUGGUGGUAGGAAUAGACAGUGGAGUGGAAGUCCAGGUGAUUGAAGACCAUCGGACACGGCUCAUCGGGCAGAUCACUGGCCUCAAUGGUCGGGUUCUCGAAGCAAAGAUUGUGCCGAGUCACGCCUCCACGGAGUCACCUGCAUCUACUCAGGCUCACGUGGUCAUCAUUGUUCACGGACCGUUAGCACCGAAUGACGAAGACGGUCGUGUUUCCUCUGCGGGCUCUGAGAUCAAUGAAGCGCCUCCGUCCAUGACACGUGGUCCUUCGAGUGACAGACGUCGUCCUCGAGAUGAUAUAUCGUUCUAUCAAACGCGAGUCGAGGUUUAUUCUCUCCGAUCUGGAGAUCAUGUUGCAACGCUAUUUGCCAGUAACCCUAUACCGUCUUUGGAGAACAUUCCCGGUCUUCCUUCCUUGGCACCCUCGCCUAUGGGUAGUUUGAAGCUCAUGACUAGUGGAAACCAUGUUAUUGUAGCUUCUGGUAUCAGUGGAGAAGUUUAUGUGUACAGGCAAACCUCUUUGGGGUCCUAUCAGUGCUUGGGGAAAACCUGGACAAAUAUACAGACCGGGGAAAAUCGGCGAUACUCCACCUCUUCUAGCUCAACAGACCCGGAUGGCUCUCACAAUGACCUGCCCCGCACGUCGUUGUCUGAGCGUCCUAUCCUAGCAUUGCAGGGGAGAUGGUUAGCAAUUGUUCCUCCAUCUUCCUCGUACAGGGGAUCUAUUCAAGGAAUAGUCCCUACAAAUUUGACACAUGAACGAGCUCAAGGACUUGAGACUCGCAGCCCUCCUACUAUGCCCUCCGUGAAUUGUGCAACGGAUGUUGGCGAAGGCGAGAGCUUUCUCGACAAGGUUGCCAGAGGUGUCACGCAAGAGCUUGUCAAAGGUGCUCGUUGGAUGGGAGAUCAAGGAAUGCAAGCAUGGAAUACUUACUGGAAUAACCAGAAUUCGGCUGGGACGCUCGCUCAACGCCCAGGUCGAGGCACAGAUUCCCCUGCCUCGGGAUAUGGAGUUUUCCCGCCAACGCAUGCCCAGGAUACGCAAUCUACCGCCUCUCCUGCCCCCGAAGUGGUUUCUAUUAUUGAUUUGCAGCGCUUUGAUGAUGGCAUGGACCUGAAGACGGCUUCCCUACACCCUGUGGCAACCUUUCAGGCGCCUAAUGGCUGCAGCUUUCUCUCCCUAUCGCCUAAUGGACUGAUGCUUUUCACCGCUAGUAAGAAAGGCGACGUCCAAUACGUCUGGGAUCUAAUGCAGCUUAAGAAUUGCCGAGCAAUGGCGUUCAUGGCUGAUGAUCUAACUGAUCAAAGCCCGAAUGUGCGUCAGGUAGCACGAUACGCUCGGUUGACCACAUCAAGCAUUGUGGAUGUGAUAUGGACCGCACCAGUGGGCGAUCGAUUAGCCAUCAUUACGCGUAAAGGGACUGUCCAUGUGUUUGACCUCCCCCGGAGUGCGUUUCAAUGGCCUCCUUUCCGCCGAGUUCGCCCCGUACCCAAAAAGUCUCCGACCAUUGACCCAACGAGUGAGGAGAUGUCAGGACAAGCGACCGGUGGGAAUCCGUUGUCAGCAGCCAUGAAGUUGGUCGGAGGGAAGACUCAACCCUUCUUCUCCGCUGUUCGAGGGCGUGUUCCUUCAACUAGCGGCACUGCAUUCCCGAACAUUAGCGGAUUCGCUCUGCCAACCGCAGCUGGCAUCAAGGACGGAAAGGUCGUUGCAGCCGGGCUCAGCAAAUCUAUGGGAGCUGCGGCCACUGGUACUGUUCACACCCUUCGACAUGUGGGGGAAAAUCGACUUCACCUGACGGGACUCGCACGAGACCCAGCCCCGUCCCGUGUGAUUUGGAUCAGUAAUAAAGGCCAGAUCUAUUUGGGCUUGGUGGAUGAUGGCAAUUUCAAGUUAUACCGCCUCAAGCGAGGUCCGACUAGCCACAAAAACCGUCAAUUUCAUUCUGUGAUCGGCGGUAAAGAGAGACAAUACAAGCUACCUGCUAGUCUGCAAUCCCCCUGUGGACCUGCGCCUCUCAAAGCAUACGAUCCGGAAUUAGCUGUCAAGGCAACGCUUCUUUUGCCAUCUGCUAGCGCUCACCCCUCUAGCUCGAAUGGGCCCUUCUGUCAGCCCCUCUCUCAGGCGGAGAUAGAGACGAACACGCCAUACCAACCUUUCCAUACCGAUCAGCGGGUUGGCUUACAUGUUUAUUCUACCCGUGGCACUGAGGCAGAUCCAACCAUGGCUGACUCUGGUAAACAAUGGGUCUUUGGGGGCGAAAUCCCGACUACUAAAGUACAUGUGAGAUCGUACAGCAAUAGUGCCAGUGACAAUGCAGACGAUGAAGAUGACUCUGCUGUCCAUGGACAUUCAUUUGGCGCUGGUGGUGAUAUAGAGAAUCUCAUCAGUCUGACCAAUAGUACCGGUCACGUUGAGGAGGUCGUUAUUACCACUCGACGAAAGAAGAAAACAUCAGCGCCCCUGAAAGCCGACGAUGGCUUCUUUGAAGAUGAUUGUGAGGUUCUGGACUUUGCUCGAGACCGAGUCUGA